AUGAGGAAAGGUCGAGGACUUCUGUCUGACAACUGUCACAUGAGGAAAGGUCGAGGACUUCUGUCUGACAACUGUCACAUGAGGAAAGGUCGAGGACUUCUUUCCGACAACUGUCACAUGAGGAAAAGUCGAGGACUUCUUUCCGACACCUGUCACAUGAGGAAAUGUCAAGGACUUCUGUCUGACACCUGUCACAUGAGGAAAGGUCGAGGACAUGUUUGUGACACCUGUCACAUGAGGAAAGGUCGAGGACUUCUUUCCGACACCUGUCACAUGAGGAAAGGUCGAGGACUUCUUUCCGACAACUGUCACAUGAGGAAAGGUCGAGGACUUCUUUCCGACACCUGUCAAAUGAGGAUGGGUCGAGGACUUCUUUCCGACACCUGUCAAAUGAGGAAAGGUCGAGGACUUCUGUCUGACAACUGUCACAUGAGGAAAGGUCGAGGACUUCUUUCCGACAACUGUCACAUGAGGAAAGGUCGAGGACAUGUUUGUGACACCUGUCACAUGAGGAAAGGUCGAGGACUUCUUUCCGACACCUGUCACAUGAGGAAAGGUCGAGGACUUCUUUCCGACAACUGUCACAUGAGGAAAGGUCGAGGACUUCUGUCUGACAACUGUCACAUGAGGAAAGGUCGAGGACUUCUUUCUGACACCUGUCACAUGAGGAAAUGUCAAGGACUUCUGUCUGACACCUGUCACAUGAGGAAAGGUCGAGGACAUGUUUGUGACACCUGUCACAUGAGGAAAGGUCGAGGACUUCUUUCCGACACCUGUCACAUGAGGAAAGGUCGAGGACUUCUUUCCGACAACUGUCACAUGAGGAAAGGUCGAGGACUUCUUUCCGACACCUGUCACAUGAGGAAAGGUCAAGGACUUCUUUCUGACACCUGUCACAUGAGGAAAUGUCGAGGACAUGUUUGUGACACCUGUCACAUGAGGAUGGGUCGAGGACUUCUUUCCGACACCUGUCAAAUGAGGAUGGGUCGAGGACUUCUUUCCGACACCUGUCAAAUGAGGAAAGGUCGAGGACUUCUUUCCGACACCUGUCACAUGAGGAAAGGUCGAGGACUUCUGUCUGACACCUGUCACAUGAGGAAAGGACGAGGCCUUUUUUUGGACAACUGUCACAUGAGGAAAUGUUGA